AUGUCCCUUCUCCGCUACUACAACAAAGGUUUUGGUGAGGCUGCCUUGAAGUCCCACGCCUACAACCAAGCCGUCCGCGUCGGCGACACCAUCCACCUCUCCGGUCAGGGUGGCUGGAAGCAGGAGGAACCCUUCGAGAUCUACACCGACAUCAACGCCCAGAUUGACCAGGCUUUUGCCAAUGUCGAUUUCCAGCUGCGCAACGCCGGUGGUCAGGGCUGGUCUCAGGUAUACAAGGUCCGCUCCUACCACAUAGCUUUAGUCGAAGAGGCACAGGAUGCCAUGGUUCGCAAUUUUCGCAAGUGGAUGGUCAACCACAAGGCGCUAUGGACGUGCAUGCAGGUUGGCCGCCUUGGCGCCGACGACAUGCGAGUUGAGAUUGAGGUCGAAGCCUACGAUCCCGAGGGUGCUAAGGCAGCUGCAUCAGAGCGAUGA